AUGUCACAAAAUGAAGAAACAGAGAGCCGAUACACAGAAAUUAAAUCAAAGGACAUACUGGCAAGUAUCGCUGAGUUGAAUUCAGGUUUAACAUUUCAAGAAAAGGAGACAAAACAAAUAUUGGGAGAAAUAUAUUCAAUUGUGAUAGCAUUAGAUUAUGUAGAGAAAGCUUAUUUAAGAGAUUUGGUCUCGAGCGCACAAUAUACUAAUUCAGUUAACAAAUUACUCGCUCAGUACAAGACAUAUUUAGGGAAUGAAGAAGUAAGGAAAGCAUUUGUUGAUUUAGAUCAUUUCAAAAGAAAAUAUGAUAUCGUGGCAUCCAAUGCAAUUACAAGGUUAGAAAGAGGAAUACCAAUAACUGUCGAGCAUGCCAUUGUAGAUGCACAGGCUACGGGUGGUACCAUAGCAAGUGAUAAUUCAGCUCAAAGGAAAGGAAAUUACAACGGUAAAGAUGUUGCAGAAGCAACGGGUAACUUUAUUACAGUAAUGGAUGCAUUAAAGUUAAAUUAUAAGGCCAAAGAUCAGCUACACCCCUUAUUAGCUGAACUUUUGUUAAGCAUAAACAAAGUUACUCAAAGUGAUUUUGAACAUAGAAAGAAGUUGGUGAAUUGGAUAGUCAAGAUCAACAAAAUGCGAGUGGAGGAUACAUUAAAUGAUAAUGAAAUUAGGGAGCUUUUGUUUGAUCUGGAUCUCGCUUAUAAGAGUUUUUAUUCUUUAUUAGAAUAG